AUGCAGUGUGGCUGACAGCCAAAAAGCCCAAGACCAACCAUCUUUGUUCCCCAUCGUGAGGAGCCAAUGAUGUCUGUCAACGGUCCCAGUGCGCCACAAGAUGCAUUAGCCAUUAGCAAUGACAUCUACGGUGUGAACUAUUCACAAGUCCAUGAAGUUCAAUUCCUUUCAGAAGAGGAUGAGUACUCUAUGGUGCAUGAUAUCCCCCCACCUAAUCCUGUUCGAAAAUCUUACGAGGGGGCAAUCCGAUACGCAUCACUUCUUUGGGAUAAAACUGCCAAGUCUGUCCGUUCUUCGAAGAAUAAGGAAGAAAAGUCACCAUGCGAAGCUCCUACUUUACCUCCUAAAGAAGAUGAGAUGACAACCCCUCUUAUUGGAGUCUCUGACGAAAAACUAGUAGGGCGACCGUCUUUUCUGGACAGACCGUCAAGGAAUUUGUACGAGCGUUCAAAGGAGGAGAGUUUAGAGGAAGAACGUAGUCCUCUGCCUGUAAAAGACUUCAAUAGUAAUCAAAAGUCUAAGUAA